CAUGCUAUAUAUAAGCCUGGUGACUUUCUGUCCCUGCUGCUCUAUUUAAAUGCCACAGUCCCGCUGUCAAAACAGAGAGAGACGGGAGCAACAAUAUGAUGGACCUUUUUGAGACCAACACUUAUCUUUUCAGUGAUUUGCGCUAUUUAGAAGAAGGAGAUCAUGGACCACUACAGCACUUGGACAUGUCCGGGGUGUCUCCUCUGUACAACGGCGACGACAGCCCGCUGUCUCCGGGCCAGGAUAAUAACGUACCGUCCGAGACCGGCGGGGAGAGCAGCGGGGAGGAACACGUCCUCGCGCCCCCGGGACUCCGGGCGCACUGCGAGGGCCAGUGCCUCAUGUGGGCCUGCAAGAUAUGCAAGAGAAAGUCGGCGCCCACGGACAGGCGCAAGGCCGCCACGCUCCGGGAGAGGAGGAGGCUCAAGAAGAUCAACGAGGCCUUCGACGCGCUCAAGAGGAAGACCGUGGCCAACCCCAACCAGAGGUUACCCAAGGUGGAGAUUUUACGCAGCGCCAUCAGCUACAUCGAGCGGUUACAGGACCUGCUGCAAACGCUGGACGAGCAGGAGAAACCCCAAAACGGAUCAUCCCAUAACUCCACAGAACACAGUAUGGCUAGUCAUGAGUACCACUGGAAAAAGUGCUCAGAGCCCUGGCCGACCUCUGCCGACCAUUCCACUGCAGCCCUGACAAACCAGAGAGAAGGAGCCAGUGAGUCCUCAGCAUCCUCCAGCCUCCUGCGUCUGUCCUCUAUCGUGGACAGCAUCACCAACGAUGAGAAAAUCAGCAUCAGGGAGGACGCCUCAGAAAACUGAAACUUUAAUGAAGACAUAUUUUAAAAAUUUCUAAUUUCCAUUGCUAAAUUAUUUCCACUGUAGUCAGCCAUUCUGGCUUCUGUUUGCUAUGUAGUCUUCAUUUGUACAGCAGGAGCAACAAAUGUGUACAUAUUUUAUAAGAAUGUGAUGUCUAGAUUUAUUUAUUUUGUAUUCAAAGGCAGACAAACUCUUUAAAAACACUGAUAUUGUAUUUAAAUAUUUGUACAUAACUGACCAAGAAAAUAAAUAGCUACUUUUGCAGUAUAUUAAA